CAAGUAGAGAAUUUGAGAUUAGAGGAGUUAGCGAAAACAAAAUUCUAAUCCAAUCUUGAAGCUCUCCUCUCUUCUUCUUCCCACCCCCUAAGCAAACCCUCCCGAUACCCUCCUCUCCAUCUGUGUUGAGCUGCCGCCCACGCCGGCUAGCUAAAGCUCCUGCUCGUUGCCGCACCUCCUCCUCGGCAUACGUCCAUCACCUCGAACGUAAGCCUCUCCGUCCGUAGGUCUCUCUCUCUACUUCUGUCUCUCUCUCAUCUUUCCCUGUACGUUUUGCCCUACCUUUGCUGUCGUCACCCAAGUUCCGGCACUGCGAGCUCCACCACCAUCCGCCAAAACUAGCCUGCUGCGGUACAGCACCGCCACACGACAUCGCACCCCAGCGCCGGAAAGUUCCUUUCGGCCUCUCUCUUCUCUGCUCCAUUCUCCUCUCUCAACCGUAGUCUUUCUCUUCACCUCAGCCCAGCCAACACCUUGUGGACGCCAUCCUCACACCACCAGAAGCCGAGCUCCUCCAAGCCACACAAACCAAGCCGCCCAGUUGCACCGGCAACGACCAAGGGGAAAAACCAAACCACGGAACUCUUCUGUCACACACGUUUUCUCGGAAAAGAGCCGUGGACCAGCAACCAUCACCGACGGAGACCUUUGAGACACACCGCCCCUGUAGAGUUGACAUCCCAGCCACCAAAUUCAGCCGAUCACCACCCCAAGUUGGGGAAGAUACUUUCAACCUGCCAGUGUGCAUCUUGUUUAAACCGUGUCUAACCCGAGUUGUUGAUAAAUUAAAACAGUUCUAGGUAAGGUCUGCCCCUUCACUGGGAAGAAGGCAAUCAGAGCAAAUAAGGUUUCCUAGUAACCUCAGAGUUGUUUCUACCUGUACACUGGCCACACUCCUUCCUCAAUAUUCUGUCACCGUAGACCAGAGAAGAGAUAUCAACAUUCAUAGGGUUUUAUAUAGUUAGAGAAUAGAAAAAACAAAAAGCGUUGGUGCUGGGAAACUCGAGCAAAGAUUAGUCAAAUCAAGAUGGUAAAAAAGGAGAAAAUCAGGUUGGGCAGGGCUUUGGUGAAGCAGCACAACCAGAUGAUGCAGCAGUCAAAGGAGAAGGGCCACAUCUACAGGAACCAGCAAAAGAAGAUUCUUGAAUCGGUCACCGAGGUCACAGACAUCGACGCCAUCAUUGAGCAGGCCGAGGAGGCCGACCGUCUCUUCUCCCUUGACCACCCCAUCCCCAACCUCCUUAUCAAUCUGGAUUCAAGCACUAGCACUAGCAACAUGACACCAGAGGAAAGGAGAGAGCAACAGAAGAGAGAGGAGAUGCUGCAUGCCAGUAGUCUCCAAGUGCCACGCAGGCCACCAUGGAAUGCUGGAAUGUCUGUAGAAGAACUUGAUGUAAAUGAAAGACAAGCUUUCUUAGUAUGGCGCCGAAACCUCGCAAGACUUGAGGAGAACGAUAAGCUUGUUCUUACCCCUUUUGAGAAGAACCUGGAUAUCUGGAGACAGCUCUGGCGAGUUGUUGAACGUAGCGAUCUGCUUGUAAUGGUUGUUGAUGCCCGAGACCCACUGUUCUACCGCUGCCUUGAUCUUGAGGCAUAUGCACAAGAGAUUGAUGAGCACAAACGGACAUUGCUUCUUGUUAACAAGGCAGAUCUUUUACCAUUUUCUGUCAGGCAGAAAUGGGCAGAAUAUUUUCGCCUUAAUGAGAUUCUCUCUGUGUUCUGGUCAGCUAAAGCUGCUUCUGCUACACUUGAAGGGAAAGAUUUUAGUGACCCUCAGAAGACGCAAGAUACCCAGCAGAAGAUGGAUAACCCUGAUACAAAAAUAUAUGGAAGGGAUGAGCUUUUGGCCCGCUUACAGCGGGAGGCAGAAGAGAUCGCCAAGAUGAGGAGGAAACCACACUCCAAUAGUACAGGUUCAUCUAAUAUUCAGUCUGAGUCUCCUCGUAGAGAUGUUGCUGGAAGUUCUGCUUCGAAGAGUGUAAUUGUGGGAUUUGUUGGCUAUCCUAAUGUGGGGAAGAGCUCAACAAUUAAUGCUCUGGUGGGCCAGAAGCGCACAGGUGUCACUUCUACUCCAGGGAAGACUAAACAUUUUCAAACUCUCAUUAUUUCUGAUGAGCUGACCCUAUGUGACUGCCCCGGAUUAGUAUUUCCAUCCUUCUCAAGCUCAAGAUAUGAGAUGAUUGCAUCUGGAGUAUUGCCUAUUGAUCGGAUGACUGAGCACAGGGAGUCUGUACAGAUAGUGGCCAAUCGAGUUCCUAGACAUGUCAUUGAGGAUGUCUACAAGAUUAAGCUGCCAAAACCAAAGCCAUAUGAGCCACAGUCCCGGCACCCUCUGGCAUCUGAACUGUUGAGAGCUUAUUGUGCCUCUCGUGGGUAUGUUGCUUCUAGUGGACUGCCUGAUGAAACUAGAGCUGCCCGCCAGAUUUUGAAGGAUUACAUUGACGGGAAGUUGCCCCACUAUGAAAUGCCCCCUGGAAUAUCCAAUGAGGAAGGUGAAUUGGAAGAUACAGUAGAACCACACUUGUCACAAAAUGAUGAUUCAGAUUCAUCUGAUAUUGAAAACCCUCUAGAAGUUCAAGGUGAAGAUGCACCUAGUUUGGAGCAUGUGCUGGAUGAUCUCAAUUCGUUCGAUAUAGCUAAUGGUCUUUCUUCUAAAAAGCUCACGGUUAAGAAGCCCAAGGCAUCUCAUAAACAACACAAGAAACCCCAGAGGAAAAAGGAUCGAUCGUGGAGGGUUGAAAAUGAUGAUGGUGAUGGAAUGCCAGUAGUAAGAGUCUUUCAGAAGCCAGUGAAUGCAGGUCCUGUAAAGGCUGAGGAUGGUGAUUGAGAGUGGGUAACUUCUGUUGGAUCAUGAUCCUGCAGUCUACUUGUGGCUGCAAAUUUAGUAAUUGACCGCUUGUGUGGCUCGCUCUCUUCAGCUCGCUCAGAAGAGAGAGGAUACAGAAUGAAAAGAGAAUGAAGGUUAUAUUUUACGUUGCUUCUUGCAGUUGUGUAAUUGAAGUUUAGUUGAUGGUGUAGAGAAUGCAUGCGUUUACUAUUAUCUUUUUCUUUGCUGAA